UUCACAUCUUCUCCUCCAAGAGCUAACUGUUCCGUUCUUUGCUCACACUACAUGUCGCCAGUACUUUUUGACUUCAAUUCCGACAGCGCCAGUUCAAGCGCCACAUAUUUUAGUAUUACAUGAGUGGAUCAAUUGCUGUUAUUUUCAAAUACCCAUUCGUAACUCUCUUGUGACUGAGUCAAAUUCUUGACCGCUGCCCGCGCAUUCUAAAAGUACCUAAAUUUCAGCUCCUAUUUUCCACUACUGGUUUCGAUUCGGAUCUAAUACUGUCGCCAUGGCGGAGUCAAUGUAUAGACAUCCUACCCGGAGCGAAAUCAUAGAAUUGGCAACCGAAGAAGGACACGACGCAGACAUACCCACCAAUGCUGGCACUAUAGAAGUCACAUCUCAAACCAUUUCGCCCUCCCGGAAGCAGCCUCAAGACAGCGAGAAGCAAUCUAACCUCGAUUUCGAAAAUGAUAUCGAAAAGGGAUUGCGGCUCGAGUCAUUAUCUAGCGAGGAGCAUGACAAUGAAGCCCUGGAAGAAACUGCUGACCCUAACGUCGUUUGGUGGGAUGGACCCGACGACCCCCAAAAUCCGAUGAAUUGGCCAUUUAUGAAGAAGUGGGGAGCUGUUAUGCUGGUCUCUGCGGUUACUUUUCUUACACCGCUGGCCUCUUCCAUGUUCGCUCCUGGAGUGCCUGAAGUGAUGAAGACUUUUCAUUCCACGAAUGAAAUGCUUGAAGGGUUCAUGGUGUCUGUCUACGUUCUGGGCUUUGCUUUCGGGCCACUGAUCAUCGCACCUUUAUCCGAGAUGUAUGGUCGCCUUCCACUGUAUCAUAGCUGCAAUUGCUUCUUUGUAAUCUUUACAAUCGCCGCUGCAGUCGCUUCCAAUAUGGGCAUGUUCAUUGUGUUUCGGUUCUUCAUGGGAUGCUUCGGAGGAGCACCGCUUGUACUCGGCGGUGGGACAAUUGCAGACCUGAUCUCUCGGGAGCAGAGGGGAACCGCCAUGGUGGUUUGGAUGAUGGGGCCCACGAUUGGACCUUGUGUUGGACCAAUCAUUGGUGGCUUCUUAACGGAGGCUCGAGGUUGGCGAUGGAAUUUCUGGUUCGUCGCAAUCUUGGCUAGCGCAUUUACGAUAAUGUCUAUGGUACUUAUGAACGAAACCUCCGCACCCGUUAUCCUCAAACGUAAAGCGAAGCGUCUCCGCGAAGAAACUGGAAACCCAAAGCUUGUGUCUAAACUCGACAGUGGCCUCUCCGCAAAGGACUUGUUUAUGUUCUCUAUUGUACGCCCAACAAAGAUGCUAACAAGAUCGCCUAUUUGCUUCUUCAUCUCUCUAUAUGUCGCCAUCACAUAUGCAUAUCUUUACAUCCUCUUUACGACUUUCACAGCUGUCUUCAAAACACAAUAUGGCUGGCGCGGCGGUAUUGUAGGGCUUUCCUUCCUCGGCUUGGGUAUAGGGUCCUUGAUUGGGCAAACUGUCUUCAUACACUUUGGGAAUAAGACAGCAGAAAAACACAUCAAAAGAGGCGACUUCAAGCCAGAGCACCGGUUGUACAUCAUGGCACUGGGCGGAUUCUUCCUUCCUAUUGGUUUAUUUUGGUACGGAUGGUCCGUCCAAGCACAAACUCAUUUCAUGGUGCCUAUUACUGGAACUGGGUGCAUUGGUUUCGGGCUUCUGAUGACCUUCAUGCCAGCAAACACUUACCUCGUUGACGUCUUUACUAUCCACGCUGCUUCGGCUAUGGCUGCUAAUACGGUGCUACGGUCUCUAAUGGCCGCCCUGAUACCGUUGUCCUCGCAAAGGAUGUAUGCUGUGAUGGGUUACGGGUGGGGUAAUUCACUCCUCGGCUUCGUCUCGCUGCUGCUUGUUCCCAUACCUUUCUUGUUUAUAAAGUAUGGCGAGCGUAUACGGGCACGGUCUACUGUGAAGCUGUAGAAACCUUGGCAUACAAUAGCAUAUCGAAUAAUGAUGAGAUAGCGAAUAGGAC